UUCUAGGGGGACUUGAACCAUUCCCAGAGGAGAGGACCCUAUUUCUCUGUGGAAGCUCGUUAGCCAUCCAGAGGGUGGUGGUGCUCCUGGAAGUCCUGAGCUGGGGUCAGCUGGAAGAUGACCGAAUACAAGCUGGUGGUGGUGGGAGCAGGUGGUGUUGGGAAGAGUGCUUUGACGAUACAGCUCAUUCAGAACCAUUUUGUUGAUGAGUAUGACCCCACGAUAGAGGAUUCCUACAGAAAGCAAGUAGUCAUCGAUGGAGAGACCUGUUUGUUAGACAUCUUGGACACUGCAGGGCAGGAGGAGUACAGUGCCAUGAGAGACCAGUACAUGAGAACGGGGGAAGGAUUCCUGUGUGUCUUCGCCAUCAACAACACCAAGUCCUUUGAAGAUAUUCACCAGUACAGGGAGCAGAUCAAGAGGGUGAAAGACUCAGAUGAUGUUCCCAUGGUGCUGGUGGGGAAUAAAUGUGACCUCCCUGCGCGAACAGUGGAGACCCGGCAAGCGCAGGACCUGGCCCGGAGCUACGGGAUCCCCUACAUAGAAACGUCUGCCAAAACCAGACAGGGCGUUGAGGAUGCCUUCUACACCUUGGUGCGGGAGAUCCGGCAGCAUAAGCUGCGCAAGCUGAAUCCCCCGGAUGAGAGCGGCCCCGGCUGCAUGAACUGUAAAUGUGUGGUAUCGUGACUACGCUGUCUGGACCGUGUCUUGGCGAGGUUCCCACUGUGCAGUGCGCAAGGAAAGAGGUGAAGCAAAGGAAGAAGCAAAUGCAUUCAGAGGAGGAGUAUGGGGGGGGAGAGGAGGAGGAGGAGGCGGAGGAAGAGGACGGGGAGCAUGAGGCCCUCCAAGGACUAUCUCACACUUCAUCCAAGCCUGCGGCAAACAACUUUUUUUUUUUUAUCCCCAUCCCCUCAUCCUUUGGCCUCCUCCCACCCCGGCAACUGUACAAAGCCACAGAUUGAAUCACAGUAAAUUAUUAUUUGAUCGUCUCAACAAAUCACCUUGAUGGCUGUGUCCUCCUUCCAGAGGCUGCUGCUGCUGGUGCUCCAGAAGGAUCGCUGGUGGGAUGGCGGGGAGGAAAGGGUGCUGAGAUUUGCUCUCCACAGACCAAAGUCAUGCUGUAGAUCCAUGGAGGUGAUUGGGGUGGGAGAGACAAGCUCUCAGGGCAGGACAGCUUGUCUCUGUCUCCAGCAAGUCUUUGUUAUGUCCUCCCCAGCCCACCUGAAACUCUGCAGGCCCCAAGUUUUGGGAAAGCGGAAGAGCGCAACCAGUCCAGGCCUGUCCUUGGCACCCCUUGAGUGCUUUGCUUUCAGCCUAGUCCUUGUGGGAUCUAUGGCCUCGGAUGCAAUGCCUGGAAGGGAAGAAGAUUCAGGGAGGAGAUUCGAGAGCUGGGUUCACCUCAGCAGUUUGUUGCUUCCCUGACUCCCUUCCUGUCAGCUCUUUCUGGCACAAGACCUCCAUCACGUGUUGUGCUCUAGAGGUAGAAUUAGGACUUUGUGGUACCUUCCAGCUGUGCUAACACCUGUAUAGCAUAUACACCUUGGGCUGCUCCAGUAUGUACAGGUAAGCAAAUCCUUGUCUGCCCUGUGCAUGGCUUCCUUACUGGAGAGCAUGUCAAGAAGCUGCAGGAGCUGUCUGGCUGCUCAGUAACUAAGACUAAAGGAUUCAGGCUUCUCAUCCUUGGGUUUAGAGUGGGUUAGAGUGUUUUGGAUAAGGGCUAAUCUGUUGGGAACCUCUCUUUGCUUAGCUCUGCUCCUUUGCGGUUUUUGCUUGAGGUCUGACCUAUGUGCCUUUCACUUGCAGCCCCAAGACAGGGCAUUGCACUCAGUGCAGCGGGUGGCUUGGUGUUCGCUGUCUUUCCCUCUUCCAAGCUAUAGCACAGGCUAAUUUAGCUGGCAUCCAGAAUGAGGAGCAUCAAAGGGGGAAGGUGAUCCAGCGGAGUGUGGCAGGGAGCUGUUCUGCAUGGGCUAGCCCAGACCUGAAGAGGGGCUGGAUUUGGCAGCCAAGGUUGGUCUGGGUUUGGAGUGGCGAGGGUGGCAUGAGUCACAUGCCUCAUAUGGAAAAACCAGUACAGAAACCCCGGUCACCCCCAGCACAAAGCCACAGCCCACUCAGGGCUUCCUAGCAUCCAUCCAAGCAACCUCCCAUCCCACUCCCCAUCCUCCAUGCUGCCCAUCAAGCAGCAGCAGAAUUAAGGCAGCAGAAUUCAGCUCCCAUGCUCCUUGAGGGUGCUGCCUUUGCUUUUGGCCUGGGCAAGAGGGGACUUGUACUAAUGGCUUGCUUUCUGUAAAUGCCUGUUCUGAACUGCUGUAGGGCACAACCCUCGCCCUGGCUGCAGCUGCCUGGCACCCUGUUCCUGCAGAAGGGCUGAUACCAGCUGGAGUGGGAGAAGUUGCCCAAGGGGAGAGUGCCUUGCCUGUAGCUGGGUGUGCUGUUUGCAGCAGCAUCUGUCCCUGCGCUGGAGGAUUGCUGAAGAUGCUGAACCUGAUGUCACAUGGUGCGACUGGACCAGAAAUGCCCAGAAAACCUCCCACUCUGAGUUGUUUCAAGUCUGAAGCCUGGGGUUUGUUCCUAAAGUUGGCAUCUUGUGCACAACUGGCCACAGGACAGGGUUCUUUGUCCUUCUAGAAGAUGACUUGGGGGCACUUGCUUGGAGUUGUUACUGCACUAGGAACCUAGUGGUCUUCAUCUGCAGUAGAACUUAUCCCCUUCUAGAAGGAUGGGAUAGUACUAGCUGGAGGCCUUCAGAGAAGUAACAUACUGGAGCUCUCUCAAGGACUGAGAAUCUCCUCUCAUUUCUGGCUGGGAGCCAAAUGCCAUAGUCAAGCACUGGGAGCUGAGGAGCACCUGGGCCAAGGUGUGUUUGCAGGGCUGCAGUUCCAAGAAACUGGUACAUUGUCGUGAGGGUAUGCUAGAACAGCACUGGCCAGAAUACAAAUUACUUACAAGAGUUUGGUGAGGAGCAGGAAGCUGAAGUAAGAGCAUUCCCUUUCAAAGAGGUUUCUGCGCUCAGGGUAAGGUUUUCAAGCUUGUCAAACAGUCCAGGUCAGUGACAGACCAUCACAGGAGCUGGUUAGCUUUUUGCUGUAAUUAGAAGGUCACAAGAAAUCCAGACACAGGUCAUUGUUCAAGUCCAUGCUAAAAGUUGGAGGUAGGUUAGGAGCAAAAGGAGGUCCUAAAAGCUUGACACCACAGCUCUUCUCCAAAAGCCACGUUUUAAUUGUAUAUUAAUGCUGUACUGCAUUUUUGUUCCAGGAGGAAAAUCACAACAGAUCAAGAUGCAUCAGCUGUGAUCUGGUCUGAUCUUUGCUGUUUGCAAAAACCAGAUUGUAUCACUUCUCUCAGGUGGAGUUGUUACUCUUGACUUGGCUUUCUCACUUGCUGCCUUGGUGCUGAUGAUUUGGGGACAAGACAUCAUCUUGCUAGCCCCUGACAGGCAGGAGGCUGGUACCUGAGCUCACAAUGCUAGCUGAACUUCUCAAGUCUGAAAGUAAUACCAGGAUUACAGUUUCACUGGAGUGAAUGUAGGUUUGGGAAAUAAAUUGAGGGGUUUGGAGUUGAUUUUCCCCAUAGUUAUUCAAGGCACGUUUGUUCUAGAAGUACUGGGACUGGAAGAUGAAAUUUUCAGACACUGCAGUUGUUUCCCUUAUGAUAAGGAGUUUGUUGUGUACCUCAGUACUGCUUCAGAGGCACGAGCUCAGGUGAGCAGAAUGUACAGUUAUGUUGUAUUGCAUAGCCAAAGCUGGAAAAGAAUCCACAGAGGUGAGCUUCUUGCUGUAUUUGUGUACAUCAGCUCAUCUCUGGCUAUUGUGAUCUCUUCAGCUGGCCAUGCAAAGCUGAACUAAACUUGUGCUGUGCUGUGGAUCUCCAGCCAGUGUGAAAACCAGCUCUGACAAGGCUUCAGUCAGCAUCCUACUGAUUAUGUUGAGACUGCAUAUGCCUUGAUGGAGGAGUGCCACCUUUGAACCUGUACUUAAAUGACAGAAUAGCUGACAAGGUCUGUUCUAGUCUGGUCAGGUCCAGAUGUCUCAGGACAGACGUAUAAUACAUGUUCUUCUCUCACAUCAUUCAAGUGCCCCACACCCUGUUACAGAGGGGUUGGGGCACCAGAGACAUCACAGCUGAGUCAACUGCCAGAAUUGCUUACAAGUCCUUAAAGAUGCUGAACCAGUGUGUGAACAGAUCUCAUGCCUUUUGGUCUAUGAGGGCUUCCACCCUCAUUCUCCUAAGCCAGCAGAGAGGGUGACUCCAAAGCAGGUGAGUGCAUGGUGCUUGCUGAGGGCUUUGGCAAAGACCUGGGUUGUGCAGGAGCUGGCAGCAAUGACUCAGUGCUGGAGUGAGACUUGAGAUGUGAGGGCGGUGGUAGGGGCAGCUGAAUGAAAGGCUGAGUUUCACAGAGCAGCCUUGGCUAAAUGCUGGCCUCAUCCCCCUCACCUGCAGUGUGGUUGGGUAGAGAAGCAGACCAGGUUUCCUUUCUGGACUACAGCCACUGCUGCAAACCUUUCCAGCCUAAGCAGUACUUCUGUAUCACUUGUUGCCUUCACCAUAAAGGUAAGCAAAGCCACUUGAGAACCAGCUUCCCCAAGCCUUAUCUAAGUCUGUAGGCUUAGAUGUGCCAGGAGCAGGGCUCUGAUGUGAGGCCAGGCUGAGUGGCCUUCAGGGCACCAGAGUGGCCCAGGCUCUUAACUGGAAGAGGGGCUUGUGAUAUUGCAUCCCAUGUAGCCACAGGUACCUCUAAGGGAGCUCAUACCAGUUUUGAACAAAAUGAGAAGUUUGUUUACCUUUCUCUGUAUCUUAAGGAGGAGACUGUUUUACUGUGUGGAAGAACAGCCAGGCUUUGUGACUCCAAUCCCUUGGACUAAUGUCUUUGUGUGUGCCUUCUAAGUCUUCUCCAUUCCCAUCUUGGGCUCUUUUGUAACUGCUGCCAGUAAGGAUGCUUGUGGGAUGGGUCCACCUGCUGUCUCCUGGCAAGACAUUUCAGCUGUGGUUUGCUUGUCUCCUGCACUGUCCUGGUGCCCACAUCCUUGUAGGUGAAGAGGAUGCUGAUGUAUACCCUGUGGGCCUCCUCAGAUGCUGAGGCAGUAGGAUUUGGGAGAUGGUUUGGGAAGCAGUCAGGUGGGCCUCUUUAAACUAACGCCAGGCUGUUAUUUUCUCCAUAUGCUGCUUUAUACUUGGGGAUGUGCUGCAGGAAGGGGAUGACAUUGCUCAGAGGAUGGUGUGACAGCCACCAUCCUGGCCACCAGCAAUUGGUGGGAAGG